UGCAUUGAAGAAAAUGUUCGUCACUAGUCGUCUACUCGCCAAGAUUUGCGCAUUAGUUUUCGCACUUUAUAUAAUUAUAUGUGAAGGUGGGCAAGAGGACGCUUGGAAUUGCUUAGAGCCCCGAUGUUGCUCUAUUGACUUUAGCAAAAUGGUGGUAACGGUGGAUUUCUUAUUGUAUGCGUGUGGUGAAAAGGUGGAUAAUGAGUGGACGUAUAGUUUGUUUUUGGACACCGGCGAAGAGAUGGACUACAUUGCCUAUCAUCCAUAUCAGGCGUUGGACGAAACACAAUACUGUGGUGAAAUUUGCGAGAAAAUCUUGGUUUGCAUAAAAUCAAACACAUUCAAGGUGUCCGAGGAUAUGGGCGGUUCCGCCGAGUGGUGUUUCCAAGGAAAUGUUGAUGUGAAUAACGACACUAUAUAUAAAGAAGAAAAUAUUUGUUUGACUUUCCACGAAGAUGUCGUUGAUAUACCAAGUAACGUGGUGACUUUCCUUUCAAGUUCAAAUAUUUGGUAAAAUGUGGCCAGUACAGUAGAUAUUUUGAACGUUGCGGAGAGUACAUAUAUGAUUUGUAAAAGUCUUUGCAUAAGAUAUUUUUUUCGCAGCA